AGUUCUAAUUGGCAACCACUGUAAUUUCGUAUAUUUUCUUUCUGUAUUAGCUUUUAGCAAUCACUAUGUCUUCAAAUUUUUCUUUGUCCUCUUCAUCACCUUUGCUAUCAACCAAAGCUAGGUCUUCAAUCAAAACAUAUGUCACUGCCCCGUGCUCAGCCACUUCCUUCACGGUGGCAUAGGCUGCCCGUGGUGAGAGCUCAGGCUGGUGGAGAUGGCCAGCUGGACGUGCAAGUCAAUCGGGGCAAUCAAGGAACUGAAGUCGAGAGGAGGCCAUGGAGGUUGGCUGUCGACAUUUCACCUUUUGGUUUAUUGGAUCCCAUCUCCCCAGUGAGGACCAUGCGCCAAAUGCUGGACACAGUGGACAGGCUCCUGGAGGACACUGUGACAUUGCCAGGCAGAAACAGAGCAUCAGGGGAAGUACGUGCGCCUUGGGACAUAAAAGAUGAUGAACAAGAGAUCAAAAUAAGGUUUGACAUGCCGGGCCUCUCCAAGGAGGAUGUCAAGGUGUCUGUAGAAGAUGAUGUUCUUGUUAUAAAGGGAGAGCACAAAAAGGAAGAAAGUGGUGAUGUUUCAUGGUCGAGCAGGAGCUUCAGCUCCUAUAAGCCUUCUCUGUUUGUAUUCUGCUCUAGGGUUUGUGGCUUUUUAUUUUGCGCACAUUACUCGCAGUUAGAAUUACCAAUCUGUGAUUACGUCACAGACUUGAAGUCAGUAUUGGAUCAAAGUAUACGAAUCAUCCAGGCCAUGAUAGAUAUACGUGCUAAUAGUGGGUGGAUUUCAAGCUCAAUUACUUGCUUGCAUCCUCUGCAAAUGGUCGUGCAGCAAGAGAAUGAAAAGCUAUCAACUAUGGUAGAUUUUUACUCUAAGGACAUGCAAGAGCAGUUGGAGGCCCUAGAGCGACCGGGUAAAUGUGCGCAAGGAGAUCCAAGUUUUGCUAAAGCUAAGAAAGUGAUCUUUGGAAGCUCAAGUGAAGAGCCCCAAGAAGCGGUGUGA